UACCAUGAUGGCUGCACUUCGAAACAAAUAAACAUGCUACAUGCAACAUGCUAUAUUAGUUCUUGCCAGGUUUAGCAUAAAUGCGUUCAUAGGCAAAAAAAAAUGAUGAAACUAUUUACACGUUUAUUGGAUUGGAAAUAAAAUAAUAUGAACCCAAAUGAUGGAACACUGUUUGAUGUAAAUAAGCCUUUACUUUUUGGAGAUUUUGAAAUCAAUGAAUAUAUUAUUUAUUUUCAACAUGCUGAAGUUGAGAAAAUUGGUGUCGAGUUCUUAUGUGGAGACUUACAUAAUUCAACACAGGCAUGGGUGAAUGAAGUUGGUUCUAUAAAAGAUCUGGAAUCAGAAAGUGUGUCUUUUGGUGAAUUAUCAAACAAUUUGCAUUCAAUUGAUCAAAUUACUAUUUCAGACAAGUAUGGAUCACAAGAAAAUAUUGAGUUCCUUUCAGAAAAACCAUUAAAAACAAAUGAAGUUAAUACAGAAAUAAAAAGUUUUGAAAGUUCAGAACCUAGUAAAAAUCGAUCAACAUGGGCUUCUUUGUUUAAUUCUUCUACUGCAGAAAACAGCUCCAGUGUUAUCAAUAAUGAAAAAAUUAUUUCUGUGCAAAUGGAAACUCAUAAUGUGGAUGUAAAAAAUUGUAUAACUGUUGUUGGAAUGGAAAACGAUGUAAGAGCAAUAAAGCUUGCUAAAUCCAUAUCCAAUUUAAAGAUAGAUUUUUCAUGUCAUCACCUGCAACUUCGUGGUUUGAUCAAUAGAGGUAAUUGGUGUUACAUCAAUACAACAUUACAAGCUCUUCUUGCAAUUUCUCCAAUAUCUCAUUUUUAUAAGUCUCUCAAGACAUUUCUAAAUACAGAUGUAAGCUACACCUCAACCCCUUUAACUGACAGUAUGAUUGCUUUUUUUAAUGAAUUUGAAUCCAUAAAUCCGAAAAUUUCAUUAAAAAAACAAAGUGAAGAUAUAAAAACUGGUGCUUCGUUUGAACCACGAUGUAUAUACAAUGUUUUAACUACAAUGAAGGCAUCUUUAUCAGAAAAGGGUCGUCAGGAAGAUGCUGAAGAAUUUUUAUCAUAUUUAUUAAAUGGCAUUCAUGAUGAGCUAGUUGCAUUAAACAAACUGCUAUCAAAAAAAACACCCAAUGGAAAUGAUAAUGCAGAUUUGGAUAAUGAAAAUGAUGAUAGUUCUUGGUCUCAAGUUGGUACCAAAAAAAAAGAUCUUGCUAAAAAGGUUAAUCCAUCAUCAGAUAGUACAAUAAUAAAGCAGAUUUUUGGUGGCAUGAUUCGAUCAUCAGUUCAGCAAAGCGGAGUAAAGGAGUCAACUACUUUGCAACCUUUCUUCACAUUACAACUAGAUAUUCAAGGGGAUGAAAUCUGGUGUUUAGAAAAAGCAAUAGAAUCGUAUUUUGUUAAAGAGAUUCUUCAAGGGUUCACUUGUUCUAAAACAAAUACUGAGGUAGAAGCAUCGCGCAAGUUAUCAAUUGAAGAACUUCCUUUAGUCCUUAUAUUCCAUUUAAAAUAUUUUGUCUACGACAGAACUGGUGGAAGUCAAAAAAUUUAUAAAGCUAUUGAUAUACCUGUUGAUCUUGAAAUACCUAAAGAUGUGUUAUCACCGUCAUUGAAAGUUUCUUUAAAUGAAAGACAAUACAGGCUAUAUGCAGUUAUUCAUCAUCAUGGUAAACAUGCAGCAGGUGGCCAUUAUACUGCUUCAGUGCAUCAUGGCAGUCCAUUUGGUUGGGUAAACUUUGAUGAUAAUAUAAUAAAAACACUUAAUGUUAACCAAGUUUUGCGCAAACAGCAAGGUAGUGUUCCCUACUUGCUAUUUUAUGAGAGAUGUCAAAGGUAAUCAUGCAAAGAAAGUUUUAAAUGAAGAAGAUUAGAAGGAAGUUAUACUUAAAAUAACAAGUUGUUAAAAUUUAACUUCAUUGUUAAAAUUUAACUUAAUUAUAGACAAGCAUCAAUAGACUAUUUUUGUAAAUUUA